AUGGCGGGACAACAUCUACCGCGCCGGAGGCACAACGUCACAACCACACAAACCCCCCGCCUCAGCGGCGUCCUCGUCGGCUCGGUCGACAGACUUGGGCCCGCGGCCGACGACUUCAAUCAUCUCGGACGGUAUGUAGCUGCGCUCGAGGCGUUUGCGCGGGACAACUGCACUGCUGCGUACGCAACGACCGCGGUGCUCGACGAUGCCGUCUACCGCCUGGCCGUAUUGGAUGCGGAGGAGAUACCCAGUCCCGAGACAAUGAACAUGUCACAUGCGAGACGCGUGGAGGCAGACCGGGUGCGCGCCCUGUUUGCCAAGCUGAAGGCAAACACCACGCGUGACCGUGUGGGAGUGAACGAACAUUUGGUCAUGUGCCACUACGGGAGACGGGUGUUUGUGACAACCGGGGGUCUGCUUGGACUCGGGCUUGAGAGUGUGAUGGAGGGAGAUUUGGUCGGCGUGGUGCCCGGGUGUAAUAACCCGCUUCUGCUAAGGAGACUGCCGUUGAAGCCCAUAAGGUUGAAGAAGUAUAAUGGGGGGCAGGGGAAGAUGAAGAUUCAUUGUACGUUGGUUGGUGAGAGCUUUAUUCAGGGGAUUAUGGACGGGGAGGCUUUAGAGGACGAGGAGCGAAUCCACGCCCGGUUUAUGAUUUCUUAG